AUUGAAUUUCAAAAAGAAUCAAGCCUUUAGCAUCACCGUGUAAUAUCGUAAUAUAUUUAUUCCAAUAUUUAUAUGCUCAUCAUACUAAAUACAAUUAUUGAUGAUAUAGUUUAAAAAUAUAUUGCGAAUUUUUUAAAUAAUUAAAAAUUGUUAUCUUUUAUGAUAAAAAAAAUUACUUGUCGUUCAUGUGAAAAUCUAAUGAAAGGGUGCUGUGCUUUGACCAAACAAAGCGUAGCGACGCAUGGCAUCGCAUAUAAAUUUUUGUGUAGUACGGCAGCAUGAAAAAGUGUAAGUGGCCCGUCAAAUAGAAAAUAGUCGUUGGUCUAAAAAAUUGUGUUUCACAAGACGCGUUCUGCUCCAAAAUUGUUUUAUUUUUUAACAAAAAAAUUAUUUUAAAUUUAUCAAAACCACGAGAGGUUGAAUAAGUAGUCUGUGUUUCGUUUUGUUAGCUAUCGUUAUUUAAAUUUCACUCAGAAAAUAGUUAACUACAUUUUUGAAAAGACUGAAAAAUCUUUUCUUCGUCUAAGAGCUGUCAGAUCGUUUGUUUAAGCUUUAAGCUCAUUUUUGGCGUUUUUUUCCGCUAAAGCGAUUUGAGACUAGCUCGAUUUUUUUUUUUUUAAUUUGUUACAAAUUAAAAACUAAUAGAAUAAGUUGCUAAAGGACUAAUGAAAUUGCGACCCAAAACCCAAGCUAAAUUAAGUAUUGGGCAGGGGAAACGAUUACUAAUUUUAUUUGGACCAACGAAAAACUACGGGCGUAUACUGAAAGUGUCGCUCAAUAUUGCGAAGAACAGUUGCUGGCGUUACAAUUUUAUUUUUCUGUGACUGCAUAAUUUCUGAUUCUGUCAGUCGUUGGCUGUUUUCUUGAUGCGAUGCGUGUGAAUUAUACUGGCAGCGUUUUGUAAAUCACAAGUCAGAUAAAUUUGUGUGUUGCUCUGGAGUUUUAAUUUAAACGUGGAAAGAUAAUUUAAAAUAGUUAAACUGGAGAAACAAAAUAGCAGAUCAAAACUUAUUCGUGAUAAAAUGGUUUUGGCGGAACGAAAUUCGGACAUUGUCCGAAAUGGCCGAAGAUCUAGAGGGCCUAGUCCGAACGGAAAUGUUGUUGGUGCAAGUGGGACUCCUGAGACAAGUUCUGAUGAUGAUAAUUCAAUCAAGCGAAAUGGCAAGGCCAAGACAAAACAAAGCGAAUAUGAAGAAAAAAUUCGAGUUGGACGCGACUACCAAGCUGUAUGCCCACCUCUAGUACCAGAACCAGAACGCAAACCGGAAGUAUUAAACGACCGUGCCCUUUUAGUGUGGUCCCCUACUAAAGAAAUACCAGAUCCAAAACUUGAAGAGUAUAUAUCAGUCGCCAAAGAAAAGUAUGGAUACAAUGGAGAACAAGCUUUAGGAAUGCUGUUUUGGCACAAACACGAUCUAGAACGUGCUGUAAUGGAUUUAGCAAAUUUCACUCCUUUCCCUGAUGAAUGGACUGUUGAGGAUAAGGUACUGUUCGAACAAGCUUUUCAGUUUCACGGCAAGAGUUUUCAUCGUAUACGACAAAUGCUACCAGAUAAAUCAAUAGCGAGUUUGGUUAAAUAUUAUUAUUCCUGGAAAAAAACACGUCAUCGGCAGAGCGUUAUGGACCGUCAGGAAAAAGCCAAAGCCAGCAAAGAAGGUUCCGAAAACGGCAGCGACAAUGGCAGCAACGAAGAAUCCGACAAUGAAGAAAAGGAUCAGGCAUUGGCCAGCUCUUCUGGUUUACAAGAUUCAAAAUUGUGUAGUAGUAGUGGUGCUGUUGGUGGUGGGCUUAGUGUUGGUAGUGGCAACGUAGUUGGUCUUGUUGGAGACAACAAGAAUAACAAGCAAUCAAGCAACAUAACUGCGAUGCCUUUAAAUAGUCCAACGACAUCUGGUACAGCUGUUGUCCAUGUUACCAACACUGCUGCAGCUUCAAAUACCCAAAGGAGCCUUACUCCUACAUCUACUACACCCGCAGCAUCCCCUUCUGCGACCAAACGCCAACAAAAUCAACAACAGCAGACUCCAAACAGUAAUCUAACUAAUUCUUCAAGUAAUGAGGUCACUACAAGCAAUCAAUCCACUAAUGCUAAUUGCGCAAAUUCUUCAUCUAUUACCACAGCUGGAGGCUGUUGCUCAGGCUGUGGUGUAGCUUGUAAUAUGUUAAAUGACACGCCGCAUGGAAAACUGUGCAACAGUUGCCAUCAUCACUGGAGACGAACGGGUAAUAAAAGGCCAACUGCUGGUCCAUACUUUGGCAAAAGAUACCGUGACCGUAAUGCAGAUCGGCACAAGCGUAAACCACCGCGCGGCAUGCACAUUAACCAUGAUGACAUUGUAGCACUCGCUAGUUCAAGCAAUAAUCAAGAUCAGUUGCUAGCAAAUACUGAAAGGGAAAUUGUAUCAUUGCUAAGUCAAGUUCAACUUAACAAACAAAAUAUAUCUUCAAUCAAACGAAAAAAUUCAGAAAGUUUGGAAGAAUUGCGUCCUAAUGAAUCCUCCAACCGUAUAAAUUCUCGUUGGACCAAUGAAGAAUUAUUACUUGCUGUUAGCGGUGUUAGAAAAUAUGGGAAAGAUUAUCAGACCAUUGCUGAUACACUUGGAACAAAAACCGACGCACAUGUUCGCACUUUUUACGUCAACUACCGACGUCGUUAUAACUUAGAUCAGGUUCUGAAAGAACAUGAAGCCGAAAAAGAUUUACAGUUACGAGAGGAACAAAAAAAGAAAGAACUUCAAAAUGUUGAGAAAUCCAGUUCUAUAAAUAAUGAUGAUUCAAACUCCAACAAAUCACUUGAUACUCAAGGCUGUACCCAAAAGGAUAUCACUAUUAAUGAGAUUGACUUAGAAAAUGAAACAACAGAUCAACCGCCGGCUAAACGUUUGGCUACUGCUCUUCAACAAGAUUCGACAAAAGUGGUUUAAACCGACUAACAAAAGUGUUCCCUCCAAAUUAAAUAAUUAGUAUGAUUGUAACUAAAUUCAUAUGAAACUUAAUUUUAAAUUGACACAAGUCCCCUCGUUGAAUCCUUUUUUUUUUUUGUUUAAAAAAAAUACUGCGAUAAGCUUUUAUAAUGUUGAAGCUGAGGGAUAGUUUUAAUUAUUUUCCCAUUUAUUUCGACCAUAGUUCAUAGUUUAUUUAUGUAUAGUUUGUUUUGUAAAUCCUGAAUAUGAUUUUAUUUGCAAAAAUAAAAAUUUGCAGUGGAUCUGCAUCCCAUUA